AUGGACCCCGUGUCUUGCGCCCUAAGAGCAGAAGUCCCGCUUCCCAUUUCACUUCUUUCAGAGCUAGGGAAGGGCUCGCUCAGAAACACAUUGAGCGACAAUGAUCGCAGCCAGGAUGUCUCCCAAAUUUUGGCUCUCUGGCGCAAGCUGGUUCUCACAGCAGCCAGCCCUCAAGUGGCCGACAAACACAUAACUUCGGCGUCUAAUGCUCUGUGUGUCUAUCUACAUGGGGCUGUCGCGAGCCCUACUUUCGAGCUUCGAGAGUUUGUUCUCUCCCAGGAUGUGUGGUUUGAAGCUUGUCAUUGUGCCCACAGGGCGUUCAACGAUGGCAAAACGAAGGCAGCAUUCCAGAUAAUGGACACUCUCUGUGAUCUGCUUGACAAGCAGGGGGAUCCAAAGGUCUUCAUUGAGAUCCUACGGCAUGCUUCCCUUCCUUUAGUGAGGAUUGUCUUGCUGUCGUUGCCUCGAUCGGAGAUCAAGAAGGCUUGCCUUAUGCUGGCAUGCCUUCACCAGAGGACACCACUCCUUGAGGAUCUUGAUCAGUUGGUCCAACAUUGCAUUGAUGAAAACCGUUUUCUGUGGACACAGCUACUGUCACAGCAUAAUUUCACGCUGGACGAUAUCUCCGCUAUUGGACACGAGAAUAUCCUCCAAUUUUUGCUUGCACUGGUCUUCGCAAUGACUAAUCUAGACACAAGAAGUGCCGCUCUCAAGGUUUGCUCCGUGCUCUGCAGUGAUGCUUCUAAGCCAAUGGGAUCACCAAAUUUGCAGCCUCUGGCUGAGCAUGUCAUAAAGUGGUAUCUGGAGAAAAACCAUGAAGCCCUUGGUGACUUUGCAGAGAAUGUCUUGCCGGUUAUUCUGGACAGCAAAGAGAAGUUCAUGGCUUUUGUUCAACCGUAUUCUAAGUCCUGUCAAGAGAGCGGAUCAAGGAUGGCCUUGUUUAUUGCUACCCUCAAAGUUGGUCGAGCGAACUCGAUCUUGACAGAAUCUGAAACGUUAAACCUUUUCGUCGCGGCGUUUCCGCCACUUGCUUCCCCACUCCGUGAUGAGCGAAAGAUGCUCUAUUGGUGUAAACAAAUGUUAAUGGCCGCUGAUCCCGAAGUGCGUACCCUUACAUACGGACUGCUGGUAUCGUCGCCUGCCACGAAUGCCAUUGUUUUGCCUGAGACCCUAGAAUGCAUUGCUACGAGCAUGAAAUAUCUACAUGAUGAUGCAGACGCCCAUGAGAGGGGUGAAAUUUUGAGUAUCACUAAGAGACUGCUACGAAGGCUUCAGAACAGCCGUUUGACUCUACGAAAAUCAGCACAUCUCUUGCACAAUGAUAAGGAUGUCGAUGCCAUACUGGACUCGUACAGAUCCUUUACGAAGACCUUUUACACCUUUCUGAAGGAGGAACUGAACACUGGAAUAUCCUACCCGCGUCACAUUCUUGGAUUGCUUUCUCUACAGUAUCUGCUUGAUCUUGGAAUGGGGCUUGACAUGUUCUCAAGCGACAAAGGCCUCACGACGGUUUUGGUAUGUCUCGUGCUCGAUCCGUUCGAAGAUGUUCGGAGCAUCGCAGCAGCUAUUCUCCAAAGACUUGCCAUUGAAGGCAAAAGCUUGGUUACCAGUGCUAAACACCACAGUCUUCUCGAAAGGGUCGAGGCGCUAGCUGUUAAGACCCUUCGCGCUGAUCAUGCCGACGCUAUGGGUCGGCUUUGUGCUCUGCAAAGUUUCCGUCUUUCGCCGCUCAAUGGGCCGCAUCCAGAUGCCCUGGACACAGAUAUGAUAAAAGUCAUACGCCGCCUGGAGCAGUCAAUAACUGGACAAGAGGCUAUCGAGUUGAAGCCUGGAUGUGUUAUUCCAAUCCAUGCACUUUUGCUGGCCACGCAUUACCGGCUGCGGCACCUGAAGCGCCAGGGUGAAGAGAUCGCAUACAUCUGCUCAACGCUUGUUAAUGUCUGUGGGGAUAUCUGGAACCAAGUGCGACUCCAGCUUUGCGUUGAUUCCCCGGAGACCGCCUCUGAAGUCGAGGGUGAAAUCACGAGUGAAGGGCCAAAGGACCUUCUUUCUUACUCUUGGAGGGCACUUCGAGAUUCGAGCCUCGUUCUUCAAUCAUUGAUUCUCGUUGCUACACCCUCUGAGGAGUUUUGGUCUGCAGUUGGCGACCUCUGCAUGGAUCAGUUAAUUUCGCUACGACAUCGAGGAGCCUUCUCAACAGUUGCUCAGACCUUCAGUCAAUGUUGCGAUAAAGUCAGGUCAUCCUCUGAGUCAGCAGUGCGUGGUCUCAUUCACAAAUGGUAUCAGAUUGCCUUGGAUCAAAUCAACGAGCAAGCAAAUCGGCUAACGCGACGUUCUGCUGGCCUUCCAGCUAUGAUUGCGGCACUCCUGAACCCUUCCGACUCAGAUUUUUUCUUUUUGGCUAUUAGCGACCUUAUGGCUAUCGCAGAGCGAGUGACGGAUAGACCUCUUGAUCCCGGGACCGAAGAUGUGAAACUGCCACAGGUUCACGCAUUGAAUUGUCUCAAAGAUAUCAUGACGAAUUCGAAGUUUGCAGCUGUCGUGGCACAAUACCUCGAGAGGAUGUUGGAACUUGCUGCCACCUGCCUGUCGUCCAAAGUUUGGGCAAUCCGCAAUUGCGGGCUCAUGCUCCUGCGUGCCUGUAUCAACCGUCUUGAUCCUUCGAGCACACGUGAGGCGGUCGGGUCGACGCAUCAGCCCUAUGAGAAGGGAAAAGGCAGUACUCCAUUGGCAAUUGCGUUUCGUCUCCUUGAUGCGCCGACAUUCGGCUCUGAUAGUGCUCGCAACAAUAGAAGUAGUGCCACAGAACUUGUUUUUGCUGGCCUUGAUCUUCUUGGACAUGCGAUUCUCGGGGUUUCUGAGGCAGAUGAAGCUGCAAGGCUUGUCAUGGAACAAUUAACAAACCCGACCUGGGCGAUUAGAGAUCAUGCAGCUCUGCUAUUAGCAACCCGCCUACUCCGUGGAAGUCCUGGAGAAGCGAUCAUAAAGCUUCUGCAGGAGAUUGGUCUGUCUGGUCCGGAGAAUCAAGUCCACGGCGUUCUGCUCUGCUGCCGGUACCUGAUGGGACGAGCCACAGUCAUCAUUACCUCGACCGAGCUUGAUUCCAUCACCGAGUGUCUUGUCAACAAGAUGGUGCAUCCCAAUGGGAGUCUGGUUCCUCACUCACCUUACGUCUAUGCUGCUUGGUUGGAUUUAUUGAAUGGCGUCGCUUCCUGCAUUCUUGAAAAUAAUUGGGGACAAACCGUGCGCAGAAUGCAACGCUUGGAAGGCCUAGUUCCGUUCGCUACACGAAUUGAUCGUGCACACUAUCCAUACUUGUCUCGAAGGAUACUGCUUUACAAGACCUACCACAUUUUGAUCGACGAUUCGCAUCUAGUCGAUAUAAGCGGGGAUUUGAAGAUUCUGGCGAGCCAAUACGUUCGAGAUGCAGAUGCCUUGAGCUUCGUCUUAGACCUCUUGAGUCAAAAGCAUUGCCACAAACCGUCUCGAACUUUGGUCGAACUUCUGAUCUGUCUCAUCGAUGAAGGACACAUGCAGUCAUGUCUUUCACCAGGCGUUCUCGAGCAGACAUAUACAUGUUUGGCGCUAUGUCUCGAUUAUAUUUCGGACGUAUCCAUUGACAUGCUACGAGUACUUUUCGACCGCUUGGAUUUCUCACAAUUGCACACACCGCGGGAUUUAAGGAAUGCAGCGCUGAAAUUACAGGCGUCAGUGUUGGGAAAGAUUCAAACUGCACACCGGGGUUCUAUUUCGUGUGCACAGCAAAUCGAAGGGUGGCUUCGUGCCGUUCAGGACAUCUCGACUGACUUCCUGGACAUUCCUACGAGGUUGAGUGCUGCAAAAGCGAUUUCUACAUACAUUGGGUAUCUAAGACUUUCUGGUAUUAUGGAACUCCGGCCCAAUGUUCGACUCCAGCUACUCUUGGUCCUAUAUGAUUUGUUGAAUGAUGACGACGAAGAGAUCCGACUCGAAGCAGUACAUGCGGCCCGCAAGCUCAGAUUACACCAGAGAGCUGCUAUGGACAAUCUGGACAGCUGUGCCUUAGCGGAAAGGGAAAACCUAGUAUCUGAGCUGGCGCGCCAAUUCGGUGAGACAUCAAAUCUUGCUGAAGCUGCGAUUGUCAAUAUUUUGCGAGUCGGGCAUAAUGCGAGCGAUUCUUCCCUUCAUGGCUCAUUGAUCUCGUUGUUUGGGACCUCGGUGAAUUCGAAGCUGCUCACUAUCUCGAAAUCGAAGAAUGACUUGUUUGCCGAGGAAAGACAGAAUUUAUACAUGGACGAUAUCCGGGAGAUCAAGGAAUGGACACAGCUCCUUCAUAAUGGGACUUAUGCAUUUGCGACCCAGGAGCUCUCAGAGUCAGCGAUGAAAUGGACGCUUGAAGGCUUGGACCAAGUCCUCCAACUUCUUGAAGCUGACAGUAUCAAGAAUCCUGUACAUCAAGCAACCACCUGCAGCAACGAAGACGAGGUGGAACACCGACAUAUCAGGCUAUAUGAUCCCUUAAUGGAGUCGCUGUUCGGACAUCCACUAGGCUUAACCUAUGACCAUGAAAUCUUGGUUGUGAUGAUCCAAGUCGUCAGCUUGGCUGGGGUAUGCAUUCAGCAUGAUAGAACGAUCCAGACCCGUCAACUGCGAGCGAAGCUGGAAAGAAUGAAGGAAAUCCUAGCGUGCUCGGAUUCAGAAGCGAAUCCAGUGAUGUUGGGUGCGGUCCAACGCGCUUUGCGAAGCCAGUGA